GCUCUAUUUUAGUUUGUUAGAAAUUUCAAUCAGUUCACAAGCACAUUUGGAAGGAGUCGAAAUUCAGAAGUCCCCAUGAAAUGAAGAGACAAAUCGUUAAGGAGUUCAUAACCGUGAAGAAGGUGCUCCACCUGCCGCCGGAGCCACCGCCACCGCCGCCGCCUCCAAAGCGCCACGUUCUCGCCGUUGGCUCGUGCACGCUGGACAUGAUCACCAUCGUGGACCUGCCACUCACCCCUGGUCAGGUGCAGCGCACCAAGGAGGGAAGCUGGCGACGUGGCGGUCCCGCCGCCAACAUCUGCACCGUGUGGCGCCGCCUGGGCAUGGAGUGCGAGUUUUUGGGCGUCUUGAGCAAGGUGCGGGCAUUCGAGAGUCUCCUGUCCGGAUUCCAGUCUCAGGGCAUCGACAUCUCGCACUGCCCGUUGACGAACCAACGUCCUGCCCACCGCAGCAUCAUUGUCCAGCGGAACGCGGACGCACGCACCAUCCUGGAGUUCUCCAGCGCCGCCCAGGAGCUCACCUACCAGCAGUUCGUGGGCGCCGUCGACUACCAGAAGUACUCGUGGAUCCACUUCGAGUGCCGCAAUCCCGUCGAGAUGCAGCGCAUGAUCCUGAAGGUGCGCGACUUCAACGAGCGCUGCCCCGAGUCGCGCAUCGUGCUCUCUGUGGACCUGGACAACCUGCGGCCCGCCACCAUGCUGAUGGCCAGUCUGGUGGACUACGUCUUUGCCCGCAAGACGAUGAUGCGCACGUACGCGUUCAUGAACGGACGCGAGGUCGUUUGGGCGCUCAGGGAUGAAAUGCGGUCGGCGCGGGCCAAGUGGGAGAAGACUCAGCCCCAGAAGAUGCCCUACCUGCCACUCGAUCCGCCGGCCGACGACUCGGACGAAAAGUGUCGAGGUGCGCCGCUGAAUACACCCAUCGUCAUAUGCAACAACUACAUGCUGGGCGCCAGUUGCCUGAUGGCCGACGACACCUAUUUCAAGGUGGGCUCCCAAAUCCCAGAUAAAAUCGUGGACGUCAACUCCGUGAACGACACGUUUUCCGCAGCCGUGAUCUAUGCCCUGCACAAGGUCAAGAUGCGACUUCGGGAUGCCCUCGAGUAUGGCACCCGGGCAUCGGCGCUUAAACUGACCGAGAACGGAUUCGAUGUGCUGCGCUGCAUGCCCAAGGACCUCAUCGGUUGUUACUAUGCCUAGAACACGGUUAUUCUCUUUGAUCUUGUGACAUCAACACAAAAAUGAAUUUGUUUCUACAAUAAAAAGUUCGUAUUAAUCGUU